AAAUUAAAAAUUUCUUAAAUCUCUUGAAUAACUCCACUCGAGUUUUGGAGUUGGUGGAUUGCACCUUUCAAUCAAGAAAUGAAGAAAUGGUUAUGGUGGUGGUAUUAAGAGUAAUGUGCAAAUGUUGCAAACGAAAAUCAGCAUAGAAAUGUGCAAUGUCGAAUGGGAAAGCGCGUAUAAGUAUGAUUUGUCCUAUAAUAUAAAUAAUUAUUAAACAAAACAAGCCCUGUCUCUAUGGUGAAAUUUGCCUUUGUGAAUCUGUCGCGGUAAGCCGGCCGGGAUCAUGCUAUAACUUCCCCUAUAUAUAUCUAAUGUUUGCUAUGGACCUCUCCACAACACCAACCCCAUUCUUCUUCUUCUUCAAUACUCUUCAAUCUACUCAUCUAUAAAAUUCUUUCUGUUUCCCUGUGCAUCUCUUUUAUUUGUCUGCGUAUAUAUUUUUGCCUGUUAAUUAAUCUCAGCUUGAUUAUACCUCAUCUAUUUGUUCAAGAAAAUACCAAAAAUGAGGCUCUUGUCUAGGAAAGCCACGUGCAAUACUCACGGCCAAGAUUCUUCUUACUUCCUAGGAUGGGAGGAAUACGAGAAAAACCCAUACGAUGAGAUCAAGAAUCCAACAGGGAUCAUUCAGAUGGGUCUUGCAGAGAAUCAGCUCUCCUUUGAUCUUCUUGAGUCAUGGCUAGCCAAUAACCCUGAUGCUGCUGUGUUCAAGAAAGAUGGGCAAUCCAUAUUUAGAGAGCUUGCACUCUUUCAAGAUUAUCAUGGCCUCCCUGCUUUCAAGAAAGCAUUGGUGGAUUUCAUGGCAGAAAUAAGAGGAAACAGAGUGACUUUCGAUCAAAACAAGAUAGUUCUCACCGCUGGUGCAACUUCUGCAAAUGAGACCCUCAUGUUUUGCCUUGCUGAACCCGGCGAAGCCUUCCUUCUUCCAACUCCAUACUACCCUGGAUUUGAUAGAGAUCUCAAGUGGAGAACUGGGGUUGAGAUUGUACCAAUUCAGUGUGCAAGCUCAAAUGGCUUCCAAAUCACUGCACCAGCUCUUGAAGAAGCUUAUCUAGAAGCACAAAGACGCAACCUAAGGGUCAAGGGUGUCUUGGUCACAAACCCAUCAAAUCCAUUAGGCACAACAAUGAGCCGAAGUGAAUUGAACCUUCUUGUAAACUUUAUUACUGCCAAAGGCAUUCAUCUUAUAAGCGAUGAAAUUUAUUCGGGUACUGUGUUCAGUUCACCAGGCUUUAUAAGUAUCAUGGAGGUUUUGAAAGAUAGGAAAUGCGAGAACACUGAAGUUUGGAAAAGAGUUCACAUUGUGUACAGCCUUUCGAAGGAUCUUGGCCUCCCUGGUUUUCGAGUUGGUGCAAUUUACUCCAACGAUGAGAUGGUAGUAUCCGCAGCAACUAAAAUGUCUAGCUUCGGUUUAGUUUCUUCUCAAACACAAUAUCUUCUCUCUGCUCUUCUCUCCGAUAACAAGUUCACCAAGAACUAUAUUUCAGAGAAUCAGAGAAGGCUUAAACAGCGACAAAAAUUGCUGGUCAAGGGCCUCGAAAAAGCCGGUAUCAGCUGCCUCAAGAGCAAUGCUGGCUUGUUUUGCUGGGUUAACAUGAAGCAUCUAUUGAGGUCCAACACAUUCGAAGCAGAAAUGGAGCUCUGGAAAAAGAUUGUUUAUGACGUUAAUCUAAAUAUCUCUCCUGGUUCUUCUUGCCAUUGCACCGAGCCAGGGUGGUUCCGAGUCUGCUUCGCAAACAUGUCAGAAGAAACACUAAAACUGGCUAUGGACCGAUUGAAGUCAUUUGUGGACUCCAUUAGCAAGACGACCAGCCACCAGAUGGUGAAAAAUUCAAGAAAGAAAUAUCUCACCAAGUGGGUUUUCCGGCUAUCGUUUCACGACCGUGGGCCAAAAGAACGGUAGUCUGGUGUGUUCAUGUCAAGUGUGAACCCAUAUACACCGGCGUUCAUUUUUUUCCCACAGAGAAUAUUUUUGGUGGAUAAUUUUCUUUUUUUUUUUUCCCCUUUUUGUAAUUUUAGAAAAGGUGCACUCAGGUCCAUCUAUGGAUAUGGAGCUUGAAGUGGCUCUAAGCCUUUAAUCUUUUUAGUCCUUGUAAUUGUAAAACUCUGCGUCAAUACCCUCUUUAGCGUCAAAAAUCUCCUCCAAAAAUUCUUAAAAGCAUGUAUGCUAAUGUGAUUA